GCGAGGACCAAUCAGCGCGGGCAGUGGGCGGGGCUGCGCUCGCUGAGAUUAGGUGGUGUGACACGUACGGCGGAAGCGGAGGGACAAGCUGUGAGGGAACGCGGAGAGAGACAACGAUACGGCGGCUAGAGGCAGCAGAUUCUUGGACCACUCAUUGACGGCAAAACUAAGAAGAGUUCUCCAAAAUGGAUUUUCUUGAUCGGAAUAUCAACUUUAAUGCUCUUCUAAAGUUCUCUCACAUCUCACAAUCUACACAGCAGCACUUGAAGAGAGUCUACUCUAGCUUUGCUAUCUGCAUGCUGGUGGCAGCUGUCGGUGCCUACGUAAAUGUUGUGCUCAGACUCUUACAGGGCAGCUUCUUGUCCUUUGCAGGCUCAUUGGGUAUGAUGAUAUGGCUCAUGUGUACUCCUCACAGCAAUGAGACAGAGAAAAAACGCCUGGGGAUCCUUGCUGGAUUUGCAUUCUUUUCUGGUGUUGGUUUGGGUCCCGUUUUGAAUUUAUGCAUUGCCAUAAAUCCUAGCAUUAUUCCAACUGCUUUCCUGGGCACUGCUGUUAUAUUCAUAUGCUUUUCACUCAGUGCUUUGUAUGCACAGCGCCGUAGUUUCUUGUUCCUGGGAGGUAUCCUUAUGUCUGCAUUGAGCCUGCUUGUUCUCUCAUCAUUGGUCAAUUUUUUUGUUGGCUCAGUUCUGCUUUUCAAAAUGCACAUGUACAUUGGAUUACUGGUCAUGUGUGGCUUUGUCUUGUUUGACACUCAGCUUAUCAUUGAGAAGGCAGAACACGGGGACAAGGAUUAUGUGUGGCACUGUGUUGACCUGUUUCUGGACUUCAUCACCAUUUUUAGGAAGCUCAUGUUAAUUCUGGCUAUGAAUGAGAAGGAAAAGAAGAAAGAGCGGAAAUAAACUGAUUUGCCAUCCCAUUCAUAAUGUCUUGAGUCAUCAUAAUUUUUUCUUCUGGUGACUGUGUCCUAUAAAUCUAAAGAAAACUUUGAGAAA